AUGCCGACAACAUACCUGCACGUUCUGGAGGAAACUGUCAAAACCCGCCGAAUAGCGAAGACAAGUGCCACAUUCAAGGAGCGACUGGAUGCAGUGAUCGUCCUGUUACUCACGUGGUGA